GUAAAUACGGAGUACACUGCGUGAAAAUGCUACCAUAUUGGUUGAAGUUCGGAUUGACGAGGUCUGAGGUUCCUUCAUCAUAGUCGCAGUCGAUGUGUGUGAGUCACGCUUGACAACACGAUGAUUUGAAGCAAAAAUAUAACGCUCAGGUUUGUUUGCUAAAAGCGAGAACGUCGAUCGAUAUCAUUGCCAUGGCAUCAUUCUCCAUUCGAGUUUUACCAACGACACCCCACGGCGAUCAAGAUGUUGACUAUGCUUUACGACUUAAAACGCUGCGAUUGAAAACUUUGCAAGAAGACCCGGGCAGCUGGAUCUCGUUGUACAAGGACGAAGUCGAUCAACCACAGGACUUUUGGGUGUCAAGACUGAGGGAUCCAAGAGCCAUCCAUUUGGUCAUUGUCCGACAUGACUCGAGCCAGGACAAUGUAGAUGAAAGCACGGCAAUGCUGUCACAAGGAGACUGGGUAGGACUUGUUGUCAUAAUAACUCCCGAACUCGACCAUGGGGACGGCGUAGAUGAAAAAGAGCAGACUUCCUCUGAAUUCUUGAUGGCCGCCGUCUCUGUACAUUCCGGACAUCGUGGCCAUGGACUUGGAGGGCGACUGGUUCAGAAGGCCAUCGAGACAAGUCGGGAUUUCGCCCUGGAGAGGAAAAUCACUUCCCCAUAUCUGACGGCACAUGUCCGCUCUGGAAAUGACUCUGCAUUGAAGCUGUAUCAAAAGCUGGGCUUCAGGAUCGUCCAACCCGAAUAUCAUGGCGAGAAAAAUGGGAUGCUAUAUACAUCGACGGUCGUCAGAGUCGAUUUAUAGGGGCAGGCGACUCCAUAAUGUAUUUCGAAAAAGAUUUGG